AUGGUGAAAGAUAGAGAAUAUCAGACUCAUCUCUCAUUGGCUGUCGAAAGUAAGGAGGUGACUGGACAUGUUGAUGGGGAGAUUUUGGAGACCUUAUGGGCACCAUUCAAUAAGAUUUCCCCAACUGCUCGGUCAAUGAGUCAUGCUCAUCGCCAAGAAAUUUUGAUGUGGGAAAUUGAUGAGAAAAAGGCUGUGGAAGAACGUGGGGAGUAUCUUGACAUCUACCAGUUGCAGAUCAACAAAGCCCCAACUAUGGCAGAGAUUCGGCUCAAAUUAACUGAGUCUGAGAAUGAUGAUGCCAGACAUCCAGGAACAGUAUCUUGGCUCAUCACUGGUAUCAAUCUGGAGGAUUUACAGGAUGCAUUGAGAGCAAAUAUACGACAACUUCCUAAUGAUGCAACCUCUGCUCAGAAAGCUUCUAUAGAAGAAAAGCGGCAGAGAUUGGCAGCCAGGAUUGCCAAAUUUCAUGAAACCGCCAAUGCUAUGACUGCUGGCAUGGAUCUUGAUAUUGGAACAGUGCCUUCUGACGAUCCUAGAUUCUGUCGUACAGAUAACGAUGGUAAUGAGUGGGUGGAGGUUUCAGAUGAAGAGAUCUCAGAGGAUAUAGAUGAAGAAAUCCUCACAGAAGAGAUGGGUAUCUGGAUGCCAUCUUCGGCAUCGAUGACACAAUAG